UUUGCUCAGUCGGGUUUUCCCCAGCGGAGUUACUCCGCUUUCUGUGCGGACGAGAGCGCUCCCUUUUCGACCUCCCCCCUCCUCCCCUCCUGGUUGCCUUCCAGAAGAAGAGAACUAUGCAAAUCUCCCAGGACCAGGAAGUCCACCUCGGGGGCCUCAGCCUCAGCCGCCGCCACUGAAGCAACAGCCGGAGCCUGAGAAAGUCGCCCAAGUUCCUCUCUGGGCUGCUUGCCGCCGGGGUUUCGCUUCCUCUGCUGUUUGGAGAGACCCAACGUAGGCUUGCUCUUGCAAAGGACGAGUUGGGGUGCUCGGAGGGCCCAUCAAGCCACCUUCGGGAAAGGAAGUAUGGGAUGUAUAAAAUCCAAGCGAAAAGAGAGUCUGCAUGGAGAUGGAAAUGAUUCGAAGAUUCACCCAGUACGUAAAACUGACCGAACUAUUUAUGUGAGGGAUCCAACAUCCAAUAAACAGCCAAGGCCAACGAAUGAGGAUAUACUUCUACCAGGUCAGAGAUUCACUAAAGAAGAAGAAGAUAGGGAGCAUCGGGCUGUUGUAGUAGCCUUGUAUCCUUAUGAUGGCAUUCAUGAAGAUGAUUUAUCCUUCAAAAAAGGAGAGAGGAUGACAAUUCUGGAGGAGCACGGAGAAUGGUGGAGAGCUAAGUCCCUUGUGACUAAGAAUGAAGGCUUCAUCCCAAGCAACUAUGUUGCAAAGGUCAAUACUUUGGAGACUGAAGAAUGGUUCUUUAAAGAUAUCACCAGGAAAGAUGCAGAACGGCAACUGCUAGCACCAGGAAAUGCUCCCGGAGCAUUCCUUAUCAGAGAGAGCGAAACAUUAAAAGGUAGUUACUCUCUCUCCAUCCGAGACCAUGAUGCACAACAUGGUGAUGUUGUCAAACACUACAAGAUCAGAAGCCUAGAUAAUGGAGGGUAUUACAUAUCUCCAAGAAUUACUUUUCCCUGUAUCAGCGACAUGAUCAAACAUUAUCAAAAGCAGUCUGAUGGAUUAUGCAGAAAGUUGGAGAAAGCAUGUAUCAGUCCCAAACCACAAAAGCCAUGGGAUAAAGAUGCCUGGGAAAUCCCCAGAGAUUCAAUAAAAUUAGUGAAAAAGCUUGGAGGAGGUCAAUUUGGAGAAGUCUGGAUGGGAUACUACAAUAAUAAUACCAAAGUGGCUGUAAAAACUCUGAAACCUGGCACUAUGUCUGUGCAAUCAUUCCUAGAAGAAGCCAACCUAAUGAAAACAUUGCAACAUGACAAGCUGGUCAGACUAUAUGCUGUAGUCACCAAAGAAGAACCUAUUUAUAUAAUAACGGAAUUAAUGGCAAAAGGCAGCUUAUUGGAUUUUCUGAAGAGCCCAGAGGGUGGAAAAGUACUGCUUCCAAAGCUCAUUGACUUCUCUGCUCAGAUUGCAGAGGGGAUGGCAUAUAUCGAAAGAAAAAACUACAUACACCGAGAUCUCAGAGCAGCUAAUGUUCUAGUUUCAGAAUCACUGAUGUGCAAAAUUGCUGAUUUUGGGCUUGCUAGAGUAAUUGAAGACAAUGAAUAUACAGCCAGGGAAGGUGCAAAAUUUCCUAUUAAGUGGACAGCACCAGAAGCCAUUAAUUAUGGUUCUUUUACUAUUAAGUCUGAUGUGUGGUCCUUUGGUGUUCUUCUGUAUGAAAUAAUUACUUAUGGAAAAAUUCCUUAUCCAGGUAUGAGUAAUUCUGUUGUAAUGGUAGCUCUUCAGCGUGGAUACCGCAUGCCUCGCAUGGAAGUCUGCCCAGUUGAGCUCUAUGAUAUCAUGAAAACAUGCUGGAAAGAUAAAGCAGAAGAGAGACCAACAUUUGAAUAUUUACAGAGUGUCCUUGAUGACUUCUACACAGCUACAGAAGGACAAUAUCAGCAACAGCCAUAGAAAGAACUCCUGUGUUUGCCUCCACUUGGCAUAAACCUCUUGAUAGGACAAUAUGGUUGAGCCAGUAGCUUUUGUUCAUUCAAAUUUCCUCACUGUUUGUGAUUCUUGAAGUUGAAGGGUGCAUCUCAAGCAAACAAUGCAAAUCAUCAAUGUCCUGCUUCAGGAUUGCGGUUUCCUAUUGAUGUUUUCUUUGCAUUUUAUGUAAAUAGCUGGACAAGAUAGCCUUUGACAUAUCACAAAACCAAAAAGCCACUUUAGUUCCAGCAAAUGUAUAGACAGCUACAAAUGUAAUGAACUGAAAAAAAAUUCUCAGAAUUCGCACUAUAUCAGUGAAUUCUACGCUUGCUGUAGGGACAAACUAGAUGCUACACAAAAGAUGCAAACACACCCAAGUCUGCCUGAGAAAAAGUGUUCAGAACUGAAGUCGAUAAAGUCACGAAAAGGAAAAAGCACUGGAUAACACCUUAGUCUUUCUAGCAUCUCUUUGCACUAAAAUCUCCUGCAGUCUACUUGUCCAUUUGGAGAACAAAAGAUUUUGGGUAGCAAACCAGCUUGGAGGAUGAACCUUCCUUUCUCUUCAGUUUGUUAAAUCUAGCUGCUGCAGCAACUUUUUCAUAUAAAAUAGUAUUCAUAUACCUCUUCUCGGUAGCAUCUAAUUUGGAAGGCAGAUUUAAGACAGUUCUCAUCUUUUGUUCCUACCAAAAUGAGUUAAGUGAAGGGGACUGCUGCAGUGUCUAAGGACCUCAUCACAUUGAUGAGGUCCUGCGGGGUGAUUAAUCAGCCUUCGUGGCAAAUCCGUGGGGCAGCAGGGCAAUCUUGGUGGCCCACAUUUCUGUGCUGCUUCCCCUAUGCUGGCCCCAUGAUUUUCAACGGAACAUGGACACCUCAUGUGUUCUGGACGCAGCACUGUAGGAUGCUUGCAUCCCAGUUGAGCCAUGAAUCCCCACCAGAAGUAAACCUGCAUUGUCUGAUAGGCGUUGUGGGGCUACAUGACUCAACUGGGGCAAAAGUGUCCUAAGACGCUGCCAAAGAUUUGUGUGAUGAAGUCGUAAGUUAGUGUAAGAUGUUUGUUUUAUAUGAGUACCAGAAAAGCCCACCUCUGAUGUGGGAUGCUAAAUGGUCAUCAGAAAAAAAUCCUUAAGCAAUCAUGAUUUUAUGCAUAGAACAGCUAGUUUUGCAUCACCUCUUUCGCUCUUUAAUGCCAAAGCACUUUACUAUUCAGAGGCCCCAUGUGAAUAUCCAAAAAGCAUUUAUCAGAAGUAACAGAUGAUAUCAAGGGAAUAGGUAUAUGCCUUAGCUUUUAAAAAUAGGAAAUUUAUAAUGGUUACAGAAGUGUUAAUGGUCUUUUCUGCCAAUGUUCUCUAAUGUUCUCAAUGUUCUCUAAAAGGAAAUAUUUUGAAAUCCAUAGUACUUAAUAUGCUGAAAUUAACAGUGCCAAAGAGGAUAGUUUAACUUUAGAAUGGACCUUGACAAUAUUCCCUGAAUUUCCGGCUACUUUUGAUUUGCUUGUAUCAUCUUUUCAAAUGCAGUGUUCUGUAAAACACAACUGUAAUUAUCUUCUGCAUAAAUGUACAAGAAGCUAUUACAACCAAAGUCUUCUGUUGUGUAUAUAUAUUACUUAGGACAAGGAAGAAAUAUACUUGAAAAUCAGGCUAAGAAGCAUUGGUUGUAAACAGGACUCAGGUUUUUUUUUUCCUUGAUCAUACUAAUGACUGAAUGUGCUACUGAAGAAUUUGUCUGAAAUGCUUACUCACAAAUUGGUUAUAGGAGCAUUAUGAUCCUAAUAGUGUCCAGCUUUAAAAAGCAUUUUGUGUACUAUUUCUAAAUAGAGAGUUCUAGUUAGCAAACUGGUAACCAGAUUGCUAACAUGUAAAUACUUUUAUUCUGAUUUUAAUAAAUAUGCAUUCUUGAAAAAAUAAAACAAAUACAUUUGA